AAAUCCCAUGGGAAAAAAUGGUAAUGUACAAGAAAUGAUUUAAGUGUUUGCUGAAGAGUUUGCUUUUAUGUUUUUAGAUGAGUUCACCACACAAAAUCCAAAUGAUAAUCAGUCUGAAAUAACUGUGAAAGCAACAACAGACCUGACUUUUGCCCCAAAGAACUGAGUACUGAAUGAACCAACCCCAAAUGUGCCUGAAUUUUGGACAUUGUUAGUUGAAGCUAUAAAUGGAACGGAAGUGGGCAUGGAUGAUAAAGAUCAAUUAUUUCAACCGAUUCCAAGCUCUGAUGUGAACACUUCGUCUAUAAUUAAAAAAGAAGAAAACCAAUCAGACCUGCAGCAUCUCAAACUCACAUUAAUUCUGGGCAUCACAUUGAUGACCCUCAUCAUUCUUGUCACUCUCGUGGCUUUCUGUGUUGCCACUCUCUUCAAACUGAAGAACCUGAGUUCCAAAAGAAGUAAGAGCCAAUACUCUGUCAACCCAGAGCUAGCUGCCCUUUCUUACUUCCACCCUUCCAUAGGUGUAUCAGACACCUCGUUUUCUAACAGUGCAGAGAGCAGCAUGUGGGACACCAGUUCUUCAGAUCUGAGAAAAUCAACCUCAAGAAAGCUAAAAUCUCAAAAUACAUCAGAUUUGACUUCCACAGGCUCAGAGGACUCAGGUGUAAAUGAUCAGUUAGAUUCCCUCAUCAGUGAGGAAUCAAUUGAGGAAAUCAGUAUUGACAAAUAG